GAAAAUACCAAUGGGGAAAAAUAGAGUGAUUCAUGUUUUUGGGGCGAGCGGUCCACUGAGAAUGGAUAGCCAAGAUCAUACUGCGACUAACGCUCCCGCCGCCGGAGACUCCAUCCGGAGUCAUCAUAGAUCUUCACUGAUAGCCGACUGGCCAACUGUUGAUGGCUCGCUGGGGCUCUCGGAGCAAGACUCAAUUGGCUACGCCCGCAGGUUCUUCAAGUUCGGAUUUGUGCUACUCCCGUGGCUUUGGGCCGUCAAUUGCUUUUAUUUCUGGCCAGUCCUUCGCAGCCCUUCUUCCUACUUCCACCCCGAUCUCCGCCGCUAUGUGGUUGGAUCGGCUAUUGGAUUUGCUGUGUUCACAGCUGUUCUUUGUUCAUGGGCUAUUACCUUCGCUGUUGGAGGAGAGAAUCUAUUUGGGAAUUCUUGGAAUGAGCUGGUAAUGUACAAUGUUGCUGACAAAUAUGGAUUGACUGGCUGGAUGUAGAUACUGUUCUUGUUUCAGUGGGGUCCUUUUACUUUUCACGAAGGACUCGGACUAUAGUUUCUCCAUUGGUUUGGCAUUUGUAAUUGUUUUUUCAACAUGAGAAAGUAGUCACAUACGAGUAUGUAAAGGUAUAUUAAUCGACCAGCUCAACUCAUACAUUCAAUAUCAAGGUUGGAGAAGUUGGAUCGAUAGGUUUGAUAUAUUAGGUUGCGUUUGUUUAUACUUUUAUCUUCUCGAUAAAAUUGUGUUGAUUUUUGGAUUUUCUUCAAUCCAGCCAAACCACUCGUACACGCACUCACAUGUCCUAUUGCCAUAAUGCCUUUCAUUUGCAUAAACAAAAAACAAAAACAAAUGGAGUUGCAUUCAAUUGAUGUUCAAACCUUAUGUCACUGGUGAAGUUGGAGCUCCCAACCACCGAGGUCUCAAGGUGGGUCUAAUGGAGGUCCGAUGAGGUAUUGACUGUCUGGUGGUGAAUGUUCUGUUGGCAUCAUUGAAAGCCAUCCAAUGGUGGGGUUGGCCGAUCACUGCCCACUGCAAACUAAGGUGGUUCAAAUUGCCUGUGUGGAGGUGGUUUGGUCUUCGGCAAAGCAAGUAGAAUUAUUUUUACAUUUAUUUCUACGAGUUUAAUAUCAAUUCAACAUUUAGUUUACGUCUUUCAUUUUAUCCACUUUUGAUACCUGAUUAAUACUUUUGACCAUUUAUGGUUUUUCUGUUCAAUUUUUUGAUGUCUC